UCUCUAUUCGGCCGGUAUAAAUAAAGUGACAGCUAGUUGACACAAAGCAAUCGUGACCUACUUAUUCAAGACAUUAAGACCUCAACGACCGUAGGCCCCCAUUGGAUAUUUUUCAAGUUGCGUGGAUAACUAAGGAAAAUUGAUUAUGUCCUGUGAUAUCAGCACGCAAGUUUUGGAAAUACCCACAUUGGGACGGCCUUUCAAAUUGGGAACGCUUUACAACGCACGGACAGAUGAAAUUAUCCCAGGCAAUCCGCUUUGGUCCGAUACGGAAUUAAAGAUUUGCAACAUUACCCGCAAUGAAAGCGCAAUUUUUUCGUUAAUCGCACCGGGUCAAUUAACCGACAAAUUUCACGAACUGAAUGUCAACGGUUCGCUUCAAAUCAAUAUAUUAACGGGAUUGGUCGUACCCAAAGGGCCGGCUGAUUAUUUAACAAAAAGAAAACAAACGUUCCACGAAUCAAAUGUUCACGUCCGAUGCUACCGCAAUACCGCACUCAAAGAAGUCCCCACUCAUCUCUUAGAAGAUGAUCAAUUUUGCUACUCGGACAUAGCAAAAAUAGGCAAGAAUGGCACGGCCACUCACGUCGUGACUCAAAUUCAAUACGGAUCCGAAUCGACGUUCACUUUAACAAAGAAAUACAAGGACGUGAAAGAUGAACAGGAAGCAGCUGAUCAAUUAUCCAACUACGGCGGUCAUUUACUCGAAGUUCUUAGAGGUCAAACGAUGACAACAAACGGCAACAAAUCAAAUGUUGAAUGUCUCUUUAAAAGCGAUUUCCCACUGCCGAAAAAUGUGAAAUGCCCAACAACGUACGAAGAAGCCAUUAAAUUCGCCGGCAAGUUUACUCAAAUCUCGUCUGACUCGAUGGCCAAGGACGGCCCAGCUGGAAACGAGCCACUUGGCGUGCCCUGUAUCGUUUGGCUCUACCCGUUGGUACUCUUGCCAGCUUCCGACGGAGCACCGGCUCUUAAGAAUGAAAUUAACCGAACUCUGGCGUCAGAGUGCGUCAAACACAUGCAGGGCUACGAAGAGGUGGACACGAAACUCGAUUACAUGCUCAACGAUCCGCUCGUGGUAAAAUUAAAUCCCUUUCACGAGAAAUUGCAAGAUUUUAGACAGCAUUUCAGCUCUUUCCUAUCAGAACUCAAUGCGAAAUUAAGAGAAAUGAACUUCAACAUCCGCUGUGGCUUAGACACGGUGGCAUCAUUUAAAAAACUGAUGGGACGUAUGGGCAACGAGCAAUUCGCCUACAAUCCAAAUCGUUUGAACGUGUGGCUGGAAGACAAACACAAGGAGCUCUGCGCGAUGAGGAAAUUUCACGAGCAAAUAACAACCCAUCAGCUGGUGUACACAGACACAGUCAUGCUCUUCCCCAUGGCCGACAUGCUACGUAAACAAACGGCAAAGUUUACAGUACGUUUCGCUUACCAACUCGCGUUCGCAUCGCUGGCACGUCCCGAGCCUUUCCUCGAUGUCGUCAAGAAUCAAACGCUGCACACCGAUGUCAAUGAAGAUCCACCUGAAAAUGAAAAAUUGUGGUGUGAGAUGAAAGAUGUUGUCAAACGGAUCGAAAAAGAGAUCAACAUUUUCGCGGAAUUAAUUCAAGAAAAAACAGAUGCUAAAGGAUUCGCAUUCGCCAUAACCGCACCCGACACGUACAUUGAACUCAGUCCAUCUGAAAUCGAUGCAAAUACAGAUUUCAAAAUGACAGAAUUCAGGAUUAUAAUUACAGAAGACGAUUCAGAUUCCGAUUCGUCUGUCGUUGUCCAUCGGAAGCAGAUCCAUCAUCAUGGAUGGGAUGCCCUGCACAUGUUAUGUCGCCAUUACCCGAUCGAGAAAUUGAUGGACAUUGUUCGACUUUUAGUUGAUACUGAAAUUGAAAAAUCAUGGGACAAAUGUGACCCUCUGCUCUCUCUAGUCCGUUUUUACACCAAAGAUAAUUUAAUCGAUUUCAUUCGGAUCUUUCUCGAACGUGGAAUUGACAUCAAUUGCAAGGACCUCGAAGGAUGGAACGCGCUCAUGUCCUUAUGUCAAUGUUACAAACACAAUUACACCUACAAGUUAAUCGACAUUGUUCGAUUAUUCCUCGAAAAUGGAAUCGACGUCAAUUGCAAAACGAAAAUUGGCAACAACGCGCUCUACUUGUUGUGUCGCAACUAUCACAAAAACGAUUUGCUCGACAUUGUUCAAUUAUUUCUAGAGAGUGGCAUCGAUGUCAACAGUAAAAAUAACGACGGCUGGAACGCCCUCCAUUUCGUUAUUGAAUAUUACCACGAAGAAGACAUGAUUUAAUUUGUCCGCCUGUUGAUUGAAAAAGGCAUCGAUGUCAAUUGCAAAAACAACGACGGAUGGAACGCAUUACUUGCGUUAUGUCGAAAUUACGGCAAAGAUAAUUUCAUUGACAUAUUAAAUCUGUUGCUGGGACGCGGGAUCGACAUCAAUUGCAAGGACAGAUUCGGAGAAAACGCUCUUCAUUACGUAUGCACGUUUUGUUGUCAAGACUACGCGACGGAGAUUAUGGAACUGCUCAUCGCAAGUGGAAUCGACGUCAGCAGCAAAACGGAAGAAGGAUGGAACGCUCUGCUCUUAUUAUGCCGCAAUUAUCAAAAGGACGAUUUAAUUAUCGAAAUUGUCGAAUUAUUUAUCCAACUUGGAAUCGACGUCAAUUGCAAAACUCUCGAUGGAUGGAAUGCCCUCGUCGUUCUCUGCCGCUAUUACAAAAGAGAUAAUCUAAUUGGAGUUGCAAGGCUUUUAAUUAAACACGGAGUGAAUGUCAACUACACGACAUUUGACGGUUGCAACGCUCUCCUUCACGUUUGUCGUUAUUAUUUGAAAGAUAAUCUUUACGAUAUCGUUAAAUUGCUAUUGGAAAAUGGGAUCGAUGUCAAUUGUAAAAGCCAUGCGGGAUUGAACGCACUCCAUUACCUCUGUCAAUACGGCCCCAGGAAAAAUGUGAUAGAAACCAUUCGAUUAUUAAUUGAAAAUGGAAUUGACGUUCACUGGAAGGCCAAAGACGGUUGCAAUGCGCUCAUCGCCUUGUGUCGUGAAUGCGAGAAAGAAAAUUUGGCUGAUAUCGUUCGAUUGCUAUUGGAAAAAGGAAUCGACGUGAAUUGCAAAGAUAAUGAAGGAUGGAAUGCUUUACAUUUCGUCUGCCGAAAAUGUCCAAGAGAAAGUUUAUACGCUGUUGUUCGAUUGUUGAUAAUUUACAACAUCGACAAGAGCGUGAUGACGAUCGGAUUAGCAAGUGCACGUUCCUUCCUUCUCAAUCGCUACACCGAGUACGACGUUAAAGAUGUUAUUCAAAUGCUGUAAAAACGUGAGAUUUCUUGUACUAUAAUUUAAAGUCUGUUUGCGAUAUUGUUGGCUUGAACCUGCUUAAUCUUUAUAACUGUCAUUUUUGUACUUAAUACAUGAUUGUGUUUGGCGAGGUAUACGAUGGUUCCCUCCUCCC